AAACUGUUUUGCAAAGGUUUUACAAAUGAGCAAAUAAAGACAACGUAUUUGCAAACCUCGAAGAUGUUAAGAGUCACAGGAGAACGUCCCCUGGCUGGUCGGAGAUGGAGUCGUUUCAACGAAGUCUUUUCUGUUCCACAUAACUGUCUUGUAGAUAAGAUCCAUGGGAACUUCAAUAACAACUCCCUCACCAUCACCAUGCCUAAGGAGAUUACAAAGAUGUCUAAUCUCCCAGAAACUUCUAAAAAUAUGGCUGAGAAGUUUGAGAAGCUAGAGGAGAAAAGGUUGUUGGAACAAUCUAUAAGGAAAGCAAAGGAAAAAGAGGUUGAGAAGAAGAAGAAGCUUCUGGAAGAGAGAGAGGGAAUACUUAGGAAGCUGCAAGAAGAAGCUAAAACAAAAGAGAUGGCUGAGAGAAGGAAGCUUCAAGAAGAAGCAAAAGCAAAAGAGAGAGCCGAGGCAAAAAGGCUUCAAGAAGAAGCUAUAGCAAAAGAGAAGGCUGAAGCAAGGAAGCUUCAAGAAAAAGCAAAAGCAAAAGAGUUAUUUCCAUUAACGGCAACAAGACACCAACCGAGAGGAACAGGCUUGGGGGUUCAGUAUGAGGAUUUUGUCCCCAAUUCUGGUUGGAAAGAUCAACCUGAAGCCACUCUUCUCACCAUUAAUCUUCCAGGUUUUACAAAGGAGCAAAUAAAGACAACGUAUGUGCAAACCUCGAAGAUGUUAAGAGUCACCGGAGAACGUCCCCUGGCUGGUCGGAGAUGGAGUCGUUUCAACGAAGUCUUUUCUGUUCCACAUAACUGUCUUGUAGAUAAGAUCCAUGGGAACUUCAAUAACAACUCCCUCACCAUCACCAUGCCUAAGGAGACGAUUACAAAGAUGUCUAAUCUCCCAGAAGCUUCUAGAAAUAUGGCUGAGAAGGUCGAGAAGCUAGAGGAGAAGAGGUUGUUGGAAGAAUCUAAAAGGAAAAAAGAGGAAGAAGAGGCUGAGAAGAAGAAGAAGCUUCUGGAAGAGAAAGAGAACAUACUUAAGAAGUUGCAAGAAGAAGCUAAAGCAAAAGAGGUUGAGGCAAGGAAGCUUCAAGAAGAAGCAAAAGAGAUGGUUGAAUCAAUGAGGCUUCAAGAAGCAGCUAUAGCAAAAGAGAGGGCCGAGGCAAAGAAGCUUCAAGAAGAAGCAAAUUUAAAAGAGAUGGCUGAGGCGAGGAAGCUUCAAGAAGCAGCUAUCGCAAAAGAGUUGGCUGAGGCAAGGAAACUUCUAGAAGAAGCUAUAGCAGAAGAGAAAGCUGAGGUAAGGAAGCUUCAAGAAGCAGCUAUAGCAAAAGAAAUGGCUGAGGCAAGGAGGCUUCUAGAAAAAGCUAUAGAAGAAGAGAAAGCUGAGGCAAAGAGGCUGCAAGAAAUAGCUAAAGAAAAUGAGAUUGCUGAGGCAAAGAAACUACAAGAGGCAAAAGCAAAAGAAAUGGCUGAAGAAAGAAAGCUCCAAGAAGAAACUAUAGCAAAAGAGAGGGCCGAUGCAAGGAAGCUUCAAGAAGUAGCUAAAGCAAAAGAGAUGGCUGAGGCGAGGAAGCUUCAAGGAGCAAUUAUAGCAAAACAGAGAGCUGAAGCAAGAAGGCUUCAAGAAGAAGCUAACGCAAAAGAGAUGGCCGAGGCAAAAAGGCUUCAAGAAGAAGCAAAAGCAAAAGAAAUGGCUAAGGCGAAGAAGCUUCAAGAGAGAGCUGAGGCAAAGAGGCUUCAAGAAGAAACUAGAGCAAAAGAGAUGGUCGAGGCAAGAAAACUUGAACAAGCAACUAAAAAAAAAGAGAUGGCUGAGGCGAGGAGACUUCAAGAAGAAGCUAUAGAAAAAGAGAAAGCUGAGGCGAGGAAACUCCAAGAAGAAGCUAUAACAAAAGAGAAGCUUGUAGAAGAAGCUGCACUAGAGAAUAAGAUCCAGAAGAACAAGUCUGUGGUUGAAUCUGUAAGAAAAGAGAAGAUACUAAUGCAGGCAGAAGACAGGAAGCCUUCAGAACUGGAGAAAGCUUUGAAAACUGGACUAUACAAAAUCCGAUCAUGGUGGGACCAAACAUGUAUCUGGGGGAGCAAGCGAGGACGUGAAAAUCAGCAGAAGAAAAACUAGGUUACUUGGUGAAGAAGAAAAGAGAAGACAUGAAAAGAGAUAAUGGAAAAGAAGUUGAUGGUUAAUAUAGGAGUGGUUGUUCUUGGAGCUUACGUUUCUUAUUUUUUUUUUAUGUUUAUCUUCGGGUUGUUCUUAUAUUUUAGAACUGUGAUAUAUUCUGAAUUUUAAUAAAGUUUGGUGAUGUCAUAUUUACAUUGGCACAAAAAUAUGCUAGAGAUUAAGGUGGGGGUAUUGGAUUUAGAAAUUUGAUAGAAUUUGAAAGAUUAUGGUUUCCAUUAAAUUCUAGUGUUAUUCAAUUGUGUAUUUUAUCAAUUCUUUUAAAUUCAUGUGUUAUUCAAUUGCGUA